CAGGCAAAGCCGAGAGGGAGUGGGACAGAUUCUGGGAGUUGCAGUGGGGAGGAGUCCUGGCUCGGCUGAGCAGGAGCUGCCUGGCUGUCAGUGCCAGAGCCCAGGCCUCAGAGCCCCGCUGGAGGAGGUGGACAACGUGGAGGCAGAAAAAGUUCCAGAAAAUCGCUUGUCCUGAUGGUUAUCUCAGAGCUGUCCAUUUUAUAAGAACCUGGGGAGGAGAUCCCUGGGAGGAAGGCCUGGGAGAGUCAGGACACAGAAGCUGCAUCUCUGGUCGGCCCAGUGUUCCUGAGACAGGUGUCUGCAUCAUCUGUUGGGUGUUUCUCUGUCAAUUGUUUGCUUGGCUGCUGCAAGAAGCCAGGUUCCAGAAUCUCCAGGAAUGCUGGCCACGGGCUAUCCUCACCCUACCCGAGGGCAUCAGGGCAGACAGAUCAUGGCUUGAAAUUUGUCCCCAGCUGAGACAGGGAGAUGGCUGACUGCUACACAGAGCUGGAGAAGGCAGUUGUCGUCUUGGUGGAAAACUUCUACAAAUAUGUAUCCAAGCACAGCCUGGUCAAGAACAAGAUCAGCAAAAGCGGCUUCCGCAAGAUGCUCCAGAAAGAGCUGAACCACAUGCUGACGGACACAGGGAACCGAAAGGCAGCUGACAAACUCAUCCAGAACCUGGAUGCCAACCAUGACGGCCGCAUCAGCUUUGAUGAAUACUGGACCAUGAUAGGUGGGAUCACCAGCCCCAUGGCCAACCUCAUCCGCCAGCAGGAGUGCCAGCAGGAGCAGCAGGGCAGCAGCUAGAGACCCCUCUGGGCCCCUUUUCAUGUCCUGACCCACGCCCCGCCAGUGUUCUUCCCAUGCUUUCCGUCGACUCUUUGCUCUCUUCUCCCUCCAGACCCUUUCCUACCCUUGCUGGACAGCACAAGGGGGUGGGGGACUAUCAUGGCCUCUUUGUGAGUGUCUCAAUGUGGUCAUGCUUCCCUGAGCAUUCAGACCCUGGAGCCUGCAGGCCCUGGGGGUCCCCUUUGUGAAAUACCAAUGCUGUUUGGGGGCCCCCAAGAGUUUCCUCACCUGUUGAGUCUGUAUACUCCUGCAGUGUCUGAUGUUCCCGUCUGAUUCUUGCCUGAUUCUGGGUCUGUCCUGACCUCUGGAGGUCAGCUUGCUGCUUGAGGUCUCCCAGCUCCUGCCUGUGGCAGCUGUGGAAGCGGCAGCACCAGUAUUAUCUUCUCCUUCUCCUUCUCCUCCCAACCUCUUAGCUGGGUGGAGAGGUGUUCCCAAGGGCUCCCGUCCAGCUGUCUCUGUCUGGGAAUGACCUAACCUGGGUUGAGCCUCCUCUCUGCUCUGCCACUGAAAUAAAGGCUGAAUUUGGAGUUUGUAACUCCUAGCUGGU